AAAUAACACCUCUUUCUUUCUCAUUUUCCUCACCACUGCAGCAAGCUUACAACAAAGAAAAACAUCAACUUUAGAGUUGAUCAUCAAAACCAAAACAAACCCCAGCUUUUUCUAUCUCCUUUCUUUCAUCAGCUAACUACCAUGGCAAUGUCUAAAGCUCUUCUUGCUUCACUUGUUCUCUCUCUCGUCCUCCUCAAUCUUGUCGAGGUGUUUGCCGCCGAUCAGAUGGCAACUGGAAGGUCACUCAAAGGGAUCGACUGUGGAGCAGCAUGUAAAGUGAGGUGCUCGCUAUCAUCAAGGCCAAAUCUCUGUAAGAGGGCUUGUGGAACCUGUUGUGCUAGGUGCAGCUGUGUUCCAUCAGGUACUUCUGGUAACCAUGAUGAAUGUGCAUGUUAUGCUGCUCAGACUACCCAUGGAGGUAGAAAGAAGUGUCCUUAAACGGAACAACCGGAACAGGCUAUAUAGACCAACCGUGACGUCUCUUUUGUCUAGUGAUCAGCCAGGCUUCUCCAUAGACGAUGACGAGUAUUAUAAUGAAUUAAACGUUUGGUGUGUUUCAUAUUUGUAAACAGAGAAUAAAAUACAGAGUAGUAUUUGAUCAAUACAUUUUGAUCAUAUUACUAAAUCUCUGUAUAAAUAGUUUUUUAUUUGUGUUAUAUAUGAGUAAACGAAGAAUAUGAUGAUCACUGUGUGAACAGUAUCAUCACGUGUAAUUAUGUAAAUUGUUUUCGAUAUUUUAGGGUACCGGGUACGGAAAGAACAUGGUUUGUACAAUCCCGUUCAUGUUUAUGUUUAUGAAACUUAACUGUUGUUAAGUUUGAUAUCUUUAUCUUCUUUCAUUUAGUUAAUCUAAUAUAUUUUGGGAGUUCUUGGUUGA